AUGGAGUUCCUCGCGGAGGAGAAUGACUGCGGCCAGACGCUGCUGCGUCUCGUGAGUCGCGGCAGUGCCAUCAUUGCUGAGCUGCUGCGUCUUUCGAACAACAUCCCGGGCGUCUUUAUGGGACCUUCACACGUUGAAGACCCCGAGCAACUCAAGUACUUGGCGAUUCUAUUCGAUUUUUCGUAUUUGAAAAACCCAGAAGAUUUUGAGAACAUGGUCAACAGCAAUACGGAGUUGCUGGAUGUCGAUGAUGAAUUUAUGGACAACCAUGAAGACAUUCUGGACCGAUUUUACCAGCUCUUUGAUGGCAUUUACAAGUACAUCAGUGACUACUUGGAGUUUCUGGACAAUCUGGAGAAAGGGUUUUUCAUUCAGCACACGCUGGCCAAUAUCCUUUUGGAUACGGACGGCGCACAGCUUAUGUGCGAGGCGUUGUAUCUCUACGGAGUGAUCCUGCUGCUACUGGACCGCAAGAUCCCUGGCCCGACGCGUGAGAAGAUGGUCAUUGCUUUCUACCGAAGUAAGGGCGAGUCUGCACUGGAAAACAUUGACGAAGUUUGCAAGUUGUGUCGCGUGACGGGAUAUCUACCUGAUCAGCCAAAGCCGGCUCAAUACCCCGAGCGAUACUUUCGACGUUUCCACCCGCCGGAGGAAGUUGUGAGUAUGGUCAUCGGUAAGCUGCAGUCGGACGAUGUAUAUUUGCAAGAGCCCUGCUUCCCACACCGUACCCAUCGCUCCACCCGCCUUGCAAGCCAAGCUUCAAUGCUUUUCGUGAUUCUGUUCUUCGCUCCGGACAUUCUCAUUCACGAGAAGUCGAGUAUGCGUGAAAUUGUGGAUCGUCACUUUAACGACAACUUCAUCUUGACGACGUACAUGGGAGCAGUGGCUGACCUGUCACUGGAAUGGGCGGCUUACCCGGCAGCGCGCUUGGCACUUGCAAACACGCUGGAGCUGUCGAAUAUCGCUCACAUUACGAAGAAAAAAGCUCAGCAGAUGCAGCGAUCAAUCGAUGAACUCAACUACUACCUCACUGAAGGCGUGCUGACGGAGAUGUAUGUGCUGGAGAACCUUGAUCCACUGUUGAACUGCAUCCGCAAUGCUAACGUGACAAUACGGUGGACGAUGAUGCACUCUCGCAUUCAACCGGUGAUUCCCAUGAUGAAAGACUCCAAGGCGCAGCGUGAUAUCUUCGACAAAGGCACGGAUCCAGACAAGCUGAUCACUUUGUUGCUCAAGGCUUCGCAGCUGGAGUGGAAGCUCAAGCAAAUGUUCGAGGCGCUGCUCGCUAGUAAAGAAGACCGAUGGCAGCGUUGCAUGAAAGAAACGUCCGAACGCAUGGAGGAGCUAAGCGAGUAUUUCUCUGGCGAGAAGCCGCUCACUCGCGUGGAACGGAACGAAGAUCUGAUGAAGUGGUUCAAGGACUUGGCUGAAAAGGUCAACAGUCUGGACUACAUCGAUCACAUCAAGGCUGGGCGGCGCAUCAAGCGAUUGAUUGAGGCAUUGGGCCACGUUGAGCAGUUUGACCAAAUCGACGCGAAUCUACAAGUAAAAGCGUACCUCGAGGAGUCCCGCGAGUUUCUCACGGAAAUGGUGCGGACCGUACGCAUUCGGGAUGAGGUCAUGGGCAUUAUCGAAAAUGUGUCCGAUUUGUCGUAUGCGUGGGAGAUCAUUAACGAUUUCAUGAAGAUAUUGCAUCAGCGGGUGAAAAACGACCCGUCGUCUGUCAUUCUGCUGCGUGCAAUGUUCUUGAAGUUUGCGUCAAUCUUGGACGUCCCGCUAACGCGUAUACACCAGUGUGGGUCUGAGGAUGUAAUCUCGGUAGCAGAGUACUAUUCGGCUGAGCUCGUGGACUAUGUGCGGCGCGUUAUGGAAGUCAUUCCGCAAAGUGUGUUUCGUAUAUUGGCAGGUAUUAUUAAGCUCCAGACCGACCACAUGAAAUCGAUCCCAGUGAAGUUUGAGAACACGUUGCUGAAGAACCACGCCCAGCUGAACGAGCGCUACCGCCUCGCACGUGCCACCAACGAGGUUUCGAAGUACACUGAGGGUAUUUUGGCCAUGAAGCGCACCUUGCUUGGUAUCAUUGAGGUAGACCCUCGGCAAGUGCUUGAGGACGGUUUGCGCAAAGAGCUCGUCUAUCGAGUCUCACUCGCUUUCCACGAAGUGCUCAACUUUGAAAAGAAUACGUCCAAAGAGUGCAACGAAGUUUUCGUCAAGCUUGCCUCCAACCUGGAUGCCUACCGGCUCUCGUUUGAGUACAUCCAAGACUACAUUGGCAUUUAUGGUCUGCGGAUGUGGCACGAGGAGCUCUCCCGUAUUAUCAACUACAACGUCGAGCAGGAGUGCAACCGUUACUUGAAGAAGAAAGUAUACGACCGCGCAUCGCAGUACCAGAGUCGGGCGAUUCCGAUUCCACGCUUCCAGCCGACAUCAGAUGACAUGAGUGUGAAUUUCAUGGGUCGCCUCAUGCAUGCGCUCUUUAUCAUGACCGAUCCGCACACGACUGUCUACUCGCCGCAAUCUAUCGGUUGGUUUUCAGAAGACGGCAAUGAAGUUUGCGGUAUCGGUGCCUUCUCUGUUCUUCACAAGAGCGUAGGCCUGCUGGGUCUCGCAGGCCUCGACCGUAUGCUUUCGUUCCGUAUUGUGCACACCCUCAACAACUUGGUCAAGUUCUGGGGGUCAGCCGUGACACCUUACCUGCCGCUCUUAGAUCAGCUAUCCACUGCGCUUGCACCCGAGUGGAAGCUGCCUGAGCACUCGACGAAGCUAUACGAAGCUGCGCUGAAAAAGGUAGAGAAGAUUAUGAGCAAGCUGCUCAAGGCCGUGCUUAUUAUUGGUCAGGCUGCACUCAUCCGGCGACAGAUUUCAAGCGAGCUCUCGUUCUCAAGCCGUCUCGAUGCUAAUUUGCUAGCUACGACGCUUGAUACGUUGAACAUAUCACUUUUGAACGACAUCCGCGCACACUACCGUGAUCCGAAGAACAAGCCUUACCCUGGCAACGAAGGUAAUCCGGUACUUGUGGAACUGAACAAGUACCUGGAGAACACGGGCGCCAACGAUCCGUUCCAGAAGAUUUACGUGACCGUCACAGAGCCAAUGGAGGGACUUGCUGCUAUGUUCAUGCUCUUUGUAGUGGCCUACAUGCCGAAGCUGCAGUACGAUCGCAACUUUGGUGCUCUCAGCCGUGUCGGUAAAAACCCAAUUGACGGCGAACCAUUGCUCGUCGGCAUCCUCACCAUCUUCAAGCAGUUCCAUCCUUCGUACACGGACAAGUUUCUGGCUUACUUGGGCCAAUUCGUGCGCACCAAGGUCAACGAUGUUUUCGCUGAGAAUGCUGAAAAAACGAGCAAGUCGUCUGCUUUACCAACGGAGCUUCCUGUCGACGUGAUAAACACGCUGAUGUUCAUGCUCGAGUUCGCGCGGUGCGCCAAGAUCAAGCGCACGAUUCUGGAUGGUCACGUUCCUGCGUAUGUGUUUGAUGCCAUCCAGCUCUAG